AUGGUCACAGAGUAUGACCAGGGUGGUGAGGACAGUGGUCUCUAUGAGUGUUGCUACCCUCGGUGCCCUAAGGACAGGCCCAUCUAUGAUGAGGACCUGAAGAGAUGUGUGACUGAGGACAAGUGUGGUUGCUAUAUUGAGGAUACUCGCUACCCACCCAAUGCGUCUGUUCCCACUGAUGACAUCUGCAUGUCUUGUAUAUGCACCAACACCUCAGAAAUCAUCUGCCAUAUAGAUGAAGGGAAGAUUGUUAACCAGACCCAGGAUGGUAUCUUCUGCUACUGGGAGUUCUGCGGCCCCAAUGGGACAGUGGAGAAACACUUCAAUAUUUGUGCCUCCUCCACGGCACCCCCAUCCACCCUGACAAGCUUCACCACAAUCUCCACUCCUACCCCCAUCUCCACCACCACCACCACAACCACCAUCACUGCCACUACUGCCACUGCUACACCCACGGCCACCGCCAUACCAUGCUGCUUCUGGUCUGACUGGAUCAACAACAACCGUCCUAGUGAUAGCGCUGAUGGUGGUGAGCGAGAGACCUUCGACAGCGUCUGUAGUGCUCCUGAGGACAUUGAAUGCAGGUCAGCCACAGAGCCCAAACUCAGCUGGGAGGAGCUGGACCAGAAGGUACAGUGUAAUGUCUCAGUUGGGUUCAUUUGCCGUAACGAAGACCAGUAUGGAAACGGAGACGGAGUAUUUGGACAAUGUUAUGACUAUGAGAUACGAGUCUACUGUUGCGUGCCAAUGGAUAUUUGUCCUACUUCAACUAUCCCACCUGUGACUUCACCUAAAACUUCACCAACAACCUCACCUACCACUUUGCCAACAACCUCACCUACCUCUUCCCUAACCACCUCACCUACCUCUUCCCCACUGACUUCAUCUACUACUUCACCAACAACCUCACCUAUCACUUCAACAGUUUCACCAAGUACCUCAACUUCCACAUCACCAACAAGCUUGCUGACCACUACAUCAGUCAUUUCACCAACCACCUCACCAACCACCUCACCAACCACUACACCAACCACUACACCAACCACCUCACCAACCACUACACCAACCACCUCACCAACCACUACAUCAACCACCUCACCAACCACUUCACCAACCACUACACCAACCACCUCACCAACCACUACACCAACCACCUCACCAACCACCUCACCAACCACCUCACCAACCACUACACCAACCACUACACCAACCACUACACCAACCACCUCACCAACCACUACACCAACCACCUCACCAACCACCUCACCAACCACUACACCAACCACCUCACCAACCACCUCACCAACCACUACACCAACCACUACACCAACCACCUCACCAACCACUACACCAACCACCUCACCAACCACUACACCAACCACCUCACCAACCACCUCACCAACCACUACACCAACCACCUCACCAACCACCUCACCAACCACUACACCAACCACCUCACCAACCAGUACAACAACCACUACACCAACCACCUCACCAACCACUACAACCUCACCCACCACUUCACCAGGAACCUCAACCACCACAUUACCAAGCACCUUGCCUACCACAUCCACCACCACACAAGUGCCCACUCCAUGCAUUGAUGAUUGUAAGUGGACAGGCUGGAAGGAUUCUGGCAAACCCAAACCAAAUAUAGAGAGUGGAGAUUUUGAACUGAUUGGAGAUGCCUGCGAACCAGGCUGGAUAGUAGCAAACAUCUCCUGCAGAGCUGUGAUGUAUUCCAACAAACCCCUUGAUCAGCUAGGACAGAAAGUGAUUUGUGACAAAAAUGUUGGGUUGGUGUGCAGAAAUUCAGAACAGGAAAUAGGAGGGUUCAUACCAAUGCGGGUGUGCCUCAACUAUGAGAUCAAUGUUCAGUGCUGUAGUGUAGAAUGUACAACAACCACACAAACUUCAACCAUCACUACAGUGACUUCCAUCCCAACAUCUACCAGCACAGUGACUCCAACCCCAACUGCUACCACCACAGAGACACCUAGUCCAACCCCCACUACCACAGUGACUCCAACCCCAACACCUACCACCACAGAGACCUCAAUUUCCACAUCUACUACCACAGAGACCACAACACCAGCACCCCACACAAGCACCUCAACUCCAACAACUACCACCCCACAGACACCAAUCAAAACAACAAGUACCACAGUGACUCCAACUCCAACAGCUACCACCACAGAAACCUCCACCUCAACAUCUACCACCACACAGACACCAAUCACAACCCCUACCACCACAGUGACUCCAACCCCAACUGCUACCACCACAGAGACCUCAACUGGAACAUCUACCACCAAACAGACUACAACACCAGCACCCUCUCCAAGCACCUCCACUCCAACAUCUACCACCACACAGACACCUAGUCCAACCCCCUCUACUACAGUGACUCCAACCCCGACACCAACCACCAUGGAGACCUCAACUUCCAUAUCUACUGCCACAGAGACCACAACAUCAACACCCCACACAAGUACCUCCACCUCAAUAUCUACCACAACACAGACCACAACACCAACUCCCUCCCCAAGCACCUCCACCUCAACAUCUACCACAACACAGACACCAAAACCAACCCCAAGUACCACAGUGACUCCAACCCCAACAGCUACCACCACAGAGACCUCACCUGCAACACCCUCCCCAAGCACCUCCACUUCAACAUCUACCACAACACAGACACCAAUCACAACACCCACCACAACAAUGACUCCAACCCCAACUACUACCACUACAGAGACCUCAACCGAAACAUUUACCACCACACAGACCACAACACCAACAACCUCCCCAAGCACUGCCACUCCAACAUCUACCACACAGACCACAAUACCAACAUCCCACACAAGCACCUCCACCUCAACAUCUACCACCACAGAGACACCAAUCACAACCCCCACCACAUUAACUCCAACCCCAACUGCUACAACCACAGAGACCUCACCUGCAACACCCUCCCCAAGCACCUCCACCUCAACAUCUACCACCACAGAGACACCAAUCACAACCCCCACCACCACAUUAACUCCAACCCCAACUGCUACAACCACAGAGACCUCAACUGCAACAUCUACCACCAAACAGACCACAACACCAACACCCCACACAAGCAUCUCCACCUCAACAUCUACCACUACACAGACACCAAGACCAACCCCAAGUACCACAGUGACUCCAACCCCAACACCUACCACCACAGAGACCUCAACAUCCACAUCUACCACACAGACACCAACACCAACAUCCUCCCCAAGCACCUCCACCUCAACAUCUACUACCACACAGACACCAAUCACAACGCCAAGUACCACAGUGACUCCAACACCAACAGCUACCACCACAGAGACCUCACCUGCAACACCCUCCCCAAGCACCUCCACCUCAACAUCUACCACCACACAGACACCAAAACCAACCCCAAGUACCACAGUGACUCCAACCCCAAUACCUACCACCACAGAGACCUCAACAUCCACAUCUACCACCACACAGACACCAACACCAACACCCUCCCCAAGCACCUCCACCUCAACAUCUACCACAACACAGACACCAAUCACAACUCCCACCACCACAGUGACUCCAACCCCAACUGUUACCACCACAGAGACCUCACCUGCAACACCCUCCCCAAGCACCUCCACCUCAACAACUACCACCACACAGACACCAAUCACAACCCCCCCCACCACAGUGACUCCAACCCCAACUGUUACCACCACAGAGACCUCAACACCAACACCCUCCCCAAGCACCUCCACUUCAACAUCUACCACCACACAGACCACAACACCAACACCCUCCCCAAGUACCUCCACUCCAACAUCUACCACACAGACCACAACACCAACACCCCACACAAGCACCUCCACCUCAACAAUUACCACCACAGAGACACCAAUUACAACCCCCACCACAGUAACUCCAACCCCAACUGCUACAACCACAGAAACCUCAACUGCAACAUCUACCACCACACAGACUACAACACCAGCACCCUCCUCAAGCAUCUCCACCUCAACAUCUACCACCACACAGACACCUAGUCCAACCCCCUCUAUUACAGUGACUCCAACCCCAACACCAACCACCAUGGAGACCUCUACUUCCACAUCUACUGCCACAGAGACCACAACACCAACACCCUCCCCAAGCACCUCCACCUCAACAUCUACCACCACACAGACACCAACACCAACACCCUCCCCAAGCACCUCCACCUCAACAUCUACCACCAGCCAGACACCAAAACCAACCCCAAGUACCACAGUGACUCCAACCCCAACAGCUACCACCACAGAGACCUCACCUGCAACACCCUCCCCAAGCACCUCCACUUCAACAUCUACUACAACACAGACACCAAGACCAACCCCAAGUACCACAGUGACUCCAACUCCACCACCUACCACCACAGAGACCUCACCUGCAACAUCUACUACCACACAGACCACAACACCAACACCCCACACAAGCACCUCCACCUCAACAUCUACUACCACACAGACACCAAUCACAACCCCCACCACCACAGUGACUCCAACCCCAACUGUUGCCACCACAGAGACCUCAACACCAACACCCUCCCCAAGCACCUUCACUCCAACAUCUACCACACAGACCACAACAUCAACACCCCACACAAGCACCUCCACCUCAACAAUUACCACCACAGAGACACCAAUUACAACCCCCACCACCACAGUGACUCCAACCCCAACUGCUACCACCACAGAAACCUCAACUGCAACAUCUACCACCACACAGACCACAACACCAGCACCCUCCUCAAGCACCUCCACCUCAACAUCUACCACCACACAGACACCAAUUACAACCCCCACCACCACAGUGACUCCAACCCCAACAGCUACCACCCCAGAGACCUCAACUGGAACAUCUACCACCAAACAGACUACAACACCAGCACCCUCUCCAAGCACCUCCACUCCAACAUCUACCACCACACAGACACCUAGUCCAACCCCCUCUACUACAGUGACUCCAACCCCGACACCAACCACCAUGGAGACCUCAACUUCCACAUCUACUGCCACAGAGACCACAACAUCAACACCCCACACAAGUACCUCCACCUCAACAUCUACUACCACACAGACACCAACACCAACACCCUCCCCAAGCACCUCCACCUCAACAUCUACCACCAGCCAGACACCAAAACCAACCCCAAGUACCACAGUGACUCCAACCCCAACAGCUACCACCACAGAGACCUCACCUGCAACACCCUCCCCAAGCACCUCCACCUCAACAUCUACCACAACACAGACACCAAAACCAACCCCAAGUACCACAGUGACUCCAACCCCAACAGCUACCACCACAGAGACCUCACCUGCAACACCCUCCCCAAGCACCUCCACCUCAACAUCUACCACCAGCCAGACACCAAAACCAACCCCAAGUACCACAGUGACUCCAAGUCCAACACCUACCACCACAGAGACCUCAACAUCCACAUCUACCACCACACAGACCACAACACCAACACCCUCCCCAAGCACCUCCACCUCAACAACUACCACACAGACCACAACACCAACACCCUCCCCAAGUACUUCCACCUCAACAAUUACCACCACAGAGACACCAAGUCAAACCCCAAGUACCACAGUGACUCCAAACCCAACAGCUACCACCACAGAGACCGCAACACCAACACCCUCCCCAAGCACCUCCACCUCAACUACCACCACAAAGACACCAAUUACAACCCCCACCACCACAGUGACUCUAACCACAACUGCUACCACCACAGAGACCUCACCCACAACACCUACCUUCACACAGACACCAAGUCCAACCCCAAGAACCACAGUGACUCCAACCCCAACAGCUACCACCACAGAGACCUCAACCUCAACAUCUCCCACCACAGAGACCACAACACCAACACCCCACACAAGCACCUCCACCUCAACAUCUACCACCACACAGACCCCAAGCCCAACCCCCACUACCACAGUGCCUCCAACCCCAACUCCUACCAUCACAGAGACACCAACUCCAGCCUCUACUACCACACCAAUCCCACCCUCAUCCUCUCCUAUGACUCCUACCACUACCACACAUUACACAACCCCAACAGCCACUGUCAUAAUCACAGAGACUCCAACCCCAUCUCCCACCCCUUCAGAAACCCCAACCCCACCCUCUACCUCUACUGAAAGCACAACCCCAACAUCUUCUACUAGCCAAACCCCAACCCCCAAACCCACCACAACCAAAGAGAUCUCUACUUCCACAAACACAGUACCAACUCCAGGACCAACUUCUUCCAAACCUCCAACCAAGCCAUCAACACCUGUGACCACUGUGUCCACUUCUCCCCCACCCUCGGAGUCCGUCACCCUUCUAAGCACCCCUGUAACUACCAUAGCAACAUCUAGCACAGCAUCAUCACCUGGAACAACAUCACCGUUCAUCACUUCAUCCGUGGGCAGCACAUCCUCUUCACCUCCAGUAUCAACACCAGGACCGACCACACCUCCUGGUGUGUCUACCUCCUCAAAGACCACAACAGUGCCAACUUCAACCACCACCAGACCACCCUCCAUGUCCACCCCUACAUCCCCCACUGUGCCAAUAUCUACCACAGAAACCGUCACCCAGACAAGGUUCUCAUCAACCACACCAACUACUUUGGAGACUACCAGGACCUCGUCUUCAGGGACAGUCUCAGUCUCCCCAAUCACCUCUCCCAGCACCAGCUGGACCAGCACUGCCACUGUGGUUAUCUGCUGUGUUUUGAAUGGAACAUUCUAUGGUCCAGGUGAACUUGUCUACAACAAUACCCUUGGGGACACUUGCUAUUAUGUGAACUGCUCUUUGGACUGCGAAAUCCAGUUCUUCAAUUGGUCCUGUCCAUCUACUCCCUCAACGUCCACACCCUCAACACCAACAUCCCCUCUGAUGACCACACCUUCUACACCAUCUACCACAUCUUCAAAGUCGACACCCUCCACGCCAAAAUCCACAUCAUCCAAGUCAACAACCAGCACUCCAACCACAACCCGCAGAUAUGAGUGCCAAGACUUUGAUCCUCCUAGACAGGUGAAUGAGACCUGGUGGCUGUGUAACUGUACCAUGGCCAUUUGCAAGUAUGACAACGUAGUAGAGAUUGUGGAAAAGAAGUGCGAUCCCCCACCCAUGCCCACCUGUUCCAACGGCCUCAAGCCCGUGCGUGUCGUUGAUCCUGAUGGCUGCUGCUGGCACUGGGAGUGUGACUGCUACUGUACCGGCUGGGGAGACCCGCACUUUGUCACCUUUGAUGGGCUCUACUACAGCUACCAGGGUAACUGUACCUACGUGCUGGUGGAGGAGAUUGUCUCUAACGUGGACAACUUUGGGGUCUAUAUUGACAACUACCACUGUGAUGUCAAUGACCAAGUGUCCUGCCCCCGCACACUAAUUGUGCGCCAUGAGACCCAGGAAGUGCAAAUCAAGACUGUGCACAUGAUGCCCAUUGAGGUGCAGGUGCAGGUGAACAAGCAGGUAGUGGCCCUGCCCUACAAGAAGUAUGGGCUGCAGGUAUAUGAAUCUGGCAUCAACUUUAUGGUGGACAUCCCCAGGCUGGGUGCCCAGAUCUCCUACAAUGGUCUGUCUUUCUCCAUCCGGCUGCCCUACCAAAAGUUUGGUAACAACACAAAGGGCCAGUGUGGUACCUGCACCAACAAUACUGCAGAUGACUGUAUCCUACCCAGUGGGGAGAUCAUCUCCGACUGUGAAGUUGCUGCUGACCAGUGGUUGGUGAUUGACCCCUCCAAGCCACACUGUCCUCACAAUGACUUCACCACCAAGCGCCCAGCCAUCACGACACCAGGGCUCUUGCCCAAGAACUGCACUGCGUCUCCUAUUUGCCAGCUCAUCAAGGACAGCCUGUUUUCCGAGUGCCACCCCUUUGUGCCCCCCAAGCACUACUAUGAAGCCUGCCUGUUUGACAGCUGCUUUGUGCCUGGCUCUGGUAUGGAGUGUGCCAGUGUACAGGCCUACGCAGCCCUCUGUGCCAAGGAAGGUACCUGCAUCGAUUGGCGGAACCAUACCCAGGGGGCAUGCUCCGUGGAGUGUCCAUCUCACAGGGUGUACCAGGCCUGUGCCCCUGCAGAAGAACCCACUUGCCAGUCCAGCUCCUCCCAGAAUGCCACAGUCUUGGUGGAAGGCUGCUUCUGUCCUGAAGGCACCACCAAGUUUGCCCCUGGCUAUGACGUCUGUGUGAAGACUUGUGGCUGUGUGGGACCCGACUAUGUCCCCAGAGAGUUUGGAGAGCACUUUGAGUUUGACUGCAAGGACUGUGUUUGCCUAGAGGGUGGAAGUGGCAUUGUCUGCCAGGCCAAGAAAUGUGCUGGGGAGACCCAGACCACAUGCGAGGAGGAUGGCACCUACCUUGUCGAGGAGGUCAACCCAGAUGACAAGUGCUGCAACAUUACUUCAUGCAAGUGUGACACCAAAUUGUGCAAAGCAGAACCCCCCUCAUGCUUGCUGGGAUUCGAAGCGAAGAGCCAGCAUGUGCCUGGAAAAUGCUGUCCAGUUUACUCCUGUGAACCCAAGGGUGUGUGUGUGCACCAGAACGCUGAAUACCAGCCUGGAUCUCCAGUGCAUUCCACCAAGUGCCAGGACUGUGUAUGCACCAACACCAUGGACAACGACACUCAGGUCAACAUCAUCUCCUGUACCCAUGUGCCCUGCAACAUCUCCUGCAGCUCCGGUUUUGAACUUGUGGAGGUCCCUGGGGAGUGCUGCAGGAAGUGCCAGCAGACCCACUGCAUCAUGGAGGGGCCCAACCAGCAGUACCUCAUCCUGAAGCCUGGGGACAUAGAGAAAAACCCCAAUGACAAGUGUACCUUCUUCAGCUGCUUAAAAAUCAACAACCAGCUCAUCUCCUCUGUCUCCAACAUCACCUGCCCAGACUUCAACCCCAGUGAUUGUGUUCCGGGCUCCAUCACAUACAUGCCUAAUGGCUGCUGUCAGACAUGCAUCCCUAAAAACCAUACUACGGCCCCUUGCUCUGUCACCCCUGUCAUGAAGGAGAUUUCCCACAAUGGCUGCACCAAGAAUAUCUCCAUGAACUACUGUUCCGGUGCCUGCGGGACCUUUGCCAUGUACUCUGCCCAGGUCCAGGAUCUGGAUCACAAGUGUUCUUGCUGCAAGGAGGAAAGGACCAGCCAGCGCCAGGUGACCCUGGAAUGUCCAGACGGCAGUGAGCUGAGCCAUACCUACACACACAUUGAGAGCUGUCUGUGCCAGGACACCGUCUGUAUGCUCCCACAGGCCCAGCAAGUCCGAGUGCGGCGUUCCAGUCCCCGAUUUCUGGGAAGGAAGUGAAUGGGUUCUACUGUACACGCCCCUUCCCAUCUUGUACCAUCCUGCUGACUCUUCGAGCUUCCUCCUCCUCUUCU